UUCCGAAAGCACCCAUUGUUUCAGAAGCGUGGAAGAUCCGUUGAGUGCUGUCGACUGUGCAACUUUCUGCGAGCGACGGUGGAUUCUACAUUGUCUUAGGGUUCUAUUUGUUUCGUUCCAAUUGUGCAUGUCAUUUUUACUGUAUUUUUAACAUUAGCGUUAACUGUUUGCAUUUAUUUGUUGCUUUAAUCCUUGCUUUUAUUGGAGUGCUCGUGCGCGGCUGCCGAAAAGCCCCUCAACAUGACCCGUGUCCUUGUUGCCGGAGACUCAAUGUUGAAAGAUCUUGCAGGAUCUUUCACACUGGGCCCCUCGGUAGAUGUCGAGGUGCGCUCAUUCAGUGGUGUACGCAUCGAGAAGUUGUUUCCCUUGAUCACCGAUAGCCUGGCAAACGCGCACGUGGUGGUUCUUCAUGUAGGAACUAACAAUGUCGGCGAAGAACCACUCACGCGGAUUGCCAGGUUCCGGGCACUAAUUGAUCGCAUCAUUGAUGUCAACCCAUGCAUCCGUGUGGUGGUGUCUGCAAUUCUGCCGAGACAGACGAGUUUUCUCAAGUGCCGGUGGGCGCUAACUGCUCGGGAAUUGGAGACAUCCAACAGGGAUGCUAGGGAGACGAAUGUCAUUUUGCAGGCACUGUGCCACAAGAAUGGCUACAGGUACCUGGACAGCACUCGCGAGUUGUCGGGGAUGCUGAAGGCCGACGGCGUGCACCCGACGCCACGUGGUAGCCAGGUGCGUGCCUUGCAAUUAAUUUUAUUUAUUUCUUUUAUUUAUUUACACAUACUGCAGCCUCGGUGAGGCUAUUGCAGGAGCGGGCAGUGAGGGAGUGAAGAGAAAAAAGAAAGCGAGAAAACAAAAUACAAGCACAAGAAAAAUAUGAAUGUGAAGUAAAUGUAAUGGUUUUCCAAAAUUCUUGCAGUGGUAAAGAGCGGAUGCUUCCAGGUAGUGAAUUCCAGAGUUCAAUGGCCAGUGGAAACAAGCUGUGCUUGAAC